AUGGUGCAAGCGAAAGAGGCCGAGCUUGCUGCAGCAGUGUUGAAGCUUCCGAAGUUGGUUCUGGGCGAGCUAGAGCCCAAAGCUCAAAUCCUGACCACAUGUUGCGAUCAGCCAAGCUCGCAAACACGUGCAUGUUUCCGCGAUUCCAAGCACCAGAGUCUGAAGUCAGAGCGGCGAGCGAAGCCGCCAAAGCGCAGCAACAGCAACUUCAGGCUCGAGAAGAUCGUGAGUGCAUCGAGGUCGCAGGAGUCGACGAGUUACAGCUGGCGCUGGCCAAAGCGGUCAAGCAUGGGGCUGACGACAGUUACAUUGCUGAGUGCAAGGCAACCGACUUCGCUCAGAGAUCAGAAGCUUGUUGGACGACAUCGUGCAGGGCGUGUGCUUGCGAGACACUAA